CAAAGUCCAUCACAAUCUUUGCCUCUGGUGUAAACAUGUUUUCAGGAGAAGUUAAGCUCAUAAAGACGAUGAGAAGAAAGAGAGAAGAAAGGGUGGAUAUAGAGGAGGAGAUAAAAAAUGUAAGGGAGAGAUGAAGAAAGGGCGAGAAGAAAUGGUGAAUGCUACAAUAACGACGGCGAUACAGAGCCACAGAGGUGGGAGAGGGUAGAUGGGAUAAUAGUUCCUGUUGCAGACGAUUUCAACCCCAUAUGGGUGGGGACAGAAGGGACCUCAGCAGACACCAAAAAUGAUCUUUGAUACUUUUGCUAAAGCCAAAGAGAGUGAGGAACCCCCUCAUUAGUAGUCUCAAGAGGGGCCACAAAAUGUCCCCCAGACCCCUUUGCCCAGAAGAGUCUAGGGAGGAAGAAAAAGGCCCGGAGGAAAGUCUACCUUGUUAGAAACAUGUUGAGAUGACUUAUAAAGAGACAUGAGAAAUCUUCCAGGUCUGGAACCCUACCUUAUGUUUGAAACAAAUUUUGGCAAGUCUGAGAAGCCCUAAAUUGUAAUUGGAGUAAGGAUUCAAGAAGCUAAACGAGUCCUCCUUCUGAGUUACUUAACUACCCUUAAGGUAAAAUAGAGCAUAUUUGUAACUUUAGAUUUAGGACCCCACUUUUUUGGUUACAAGGAGAAAAAAAACUACUUGCUAUUUGCCUAUAUUAUAAAUUUAAAGGAUAUAAAAGACUUUAACCACUUCGUUUUUGAACAGAACGGCACGGGCUUAAUUUGGAAGUUUGGGUAUCACUCACAAAAUCUAGAUUCCUAAUAAGCUCGAUUUUAGAAAGUCCAAAUCAGUGUCGUAUUGUGCCUCUUCUCUAUUUCUAUAAAUAAAUAUUUGUAAAAGGGUCAAGUCCAUUACCAUCUUUCUCUGGUGGUGUAUGUAAUUUGAUGAGAAGAAAGGGAGAAGAAAGAAUGAAUUUAGAGGAGAUCAGAAAUUCUACAAGUACCAGAAGAAGAAAGGGAGAAGGGUGAUGAUGACAAAGCAAGCGAGGAGGAGGAGGAAGAACCAUGAUGCAGAUGCAGGUAUGGAUGAUGAUGAUGCAUUGAUGAUGAUGAUGAUUAUGAAUCUCCCACGGGACAUUAUUUUUGAGAUUUUGAGUAGACUUCCAAUAGAAUCUCUCCUCCAAUGCAUGAGCGUAUGCAAACUCUGGUCUACCUUUCGAUAUGAUUCUAAUUUCAUCGACCUUCACCACACUAAAUCCAUCAUGCAUCGACCACCCACUCUUGUUCUUAUAACUUCAUCACCAAUGGAACCCAAAGAUAAGUUGAGUAGCAUACUUACAGUGAGUCCUGAUAGAGAAGGUGGUGGUGGUGGUGGUGACUGUAGGAAAGCUAAACCGAUACCAUUGGGUUUUGAACUGGAAGGGAAUUGCCUUGAUAUUAUGGGUUCUUGCAAUGGCUUUAUCUGUAUAGCAGAAAGGGAGGGUCUGGGUCUCAUCUGCCUCUGUAAUCCCAUUACAAGAGAGAGGUUUAUGUUACCCAAAUCACAUCGUAUUUUGCCUCGCACUUUCUCUAACUCAAGGCCAAUAAAUAGUGUUGGUUUUGGCUUUGACAGUGUAAGCAAAAAAUAUAAAGUGGUCAGAGCUUUAUAUUAUACGAAUUGUUAUGACAAGGUUACUAGAUAUUGUGAGAUAAUUACAGUGGGUGAAGAAAGUUCAUGGAGAAAGUUAGAGUUUCCAAACAUGUCAGUACAAGAUCAACAUGUCUGUGGACGAGAUCUUUAUGGAUAUAUACUUGAACAAUAUGAAACACAUCCGGUGCUUUUGGAUGGAACCCUCUAUUGGCUCAUUGAAAAUCAUAAUUUCGACUCCGACAACGGCGAAUAUAUUCUUGCGUUAGACAUUGACAGUGAGAAGUUUUGGACUAUCGAUUGUUGUCCUCCUCCUAGAAAGUGUAGAGAAAGGAGAUCUUUGAUUCAAAUGGAUGGAUCUCUUGCCAUAGUUGAUUAUGCCUUCACAUAUCGAUUGUCUAUUUGGUCUAUGGACAUAUGGUUACUUAAGGGUAGCAAGACUAUGGGGUUCUCCUUUACUUUAACUACUUACGACAUGGAAAGGUGGGGAGCUAGAUUCUCAGUUAUGGCUAAAUAUGGUCAAGAUGCAUUCCUGCUAAGGGUAUGGAAGUUUAUGAAACCUGGAGUUGAGACCUCCCUACUUCUCUACUCUCCACUAAAGAAGCAGAAGGUUUUAUAUGUUCAAGAAACUUGGAAAUCUGAAAGGUUGCUGGGAAAUUGGAUUGUACCAACCCUCAAAUCUCUGUAGAUAGUUAGCUUGAAUACUCAAGUGUAGUUAAUUUGUUCUUUGUUAGAUUCAUAAAGUAACCUGAACAAGCCCUAUUUUUUUAUCCUUUUAUAUUGACAUGCAUAUUGUAUUUGAGUACUUCUAUUGCUUUUACUGUCAUGUGUUUGUAUAGUCAAUGGAGUGCUUAUAAGGUUCUUAUGCAUUUUUGUCACGGAAUGUAAUUGUGUGGUAGCUUAGCCUAACGGUGGUAGCUUCAGCUUGAAGAACCGGCGCCCAGGGUAGGAGGUUGUGGGAUCGAAUCUUGUAGUUAGCGGGUAUGUGCGUGUAAGAGUAGGUGACCAUUGACCCUACUAGCACCCAAGCCAUUGGACAGAGGCUGCUCACUAGAGUAGCCAAAAAAAAAAAGUAUUUGAAUCCUUCUCCCCUACUCCAAACUCUAACUAAGCUUGCUGUGAUGUUACCUAUCCAAAUCCAUGCUUGUAUUUGGAUCAGACACCUCAAAGUUUUGUAUUAGGUUGGUAUUCAGUGAUGGAUCAUUUUUAAUAUUCUUUAGCUUAUCUUCUUUCCCUGUACAAUGGUGGCAGCUUCAGCUUGAAGAACCGACGCCCAAGGCACAAGUUUGUGAGAUCAAACCUUGUAAUUAGUGGGUAUGUGCGUGUAAGAGUAGGUGACCAUUGACCCUACUAGCAUCUUCUCUCCCCAUAAAAUCUUACUACAUGCAGGAUUAAUGAGGUGAGGGUCAGCAGUGCCCCCACAUCAAGGGUUAUGAUAAUUCUAAUGAUAUAUUAAUUACAGCUUUACAUUAGUUCAACCCGAGCAUGAAAAAAUUUUCAUUGCUUCCUGACCCCAUGGUAGCAGCCAAGAGAAUGGAGUCCCAGGGUCAGGAUUGAAAAUACUAACAAGAAGUCGAGGGUUCCCUAAAAGGCUUUUAUUAAGAAUUAUGAGGUGUUAUUCUACGAGGCAUCCAAGGGGACAGGGACAGCGGAUAUGACAUGGUUUAUUAUGAAAAGAUUAAAUAAAGCUUUACUUUCUAACAAAAAAUAUUUUUUUAUUAACUUUGAAGUUAAAUUACAAAAAUAACCCCACUUGUUAUCAAUAUCUACCUAUGAUAUACAUUUUGAAGGAUACAAAAGACGCAGUGGAUUCCAAGUGCUAGAAUCCGAGAUUGUUCUUGUACAUGAACCUUAUGUGGUCUCUAAAUUGUAAACUACAUCAUUUAUGAAUAGAUUCACCUGAAAUAUAUAUAUAUAUAUAUACCCUAUAAUUUUAAUCCAAAAUUUUAUCAAAAAAUUGUCAGAAAAAAAAUAAAUUAAGGAAGAAAUGAUAGUACCCACUGGUGCACCCGCCAAAGUUAAAAAGGCCGAAGGAACUUUGUCUGCUUACAUGGGCACAAGCUAGCAUGGUUCUCUUUGCCUUGCGUGUGGACCAAUGAGAGCUAUAUUCGUCCUAAUAAAUCCUAAUUGGGUAUGGGAGAAAAAUCGGCCGAUUCGGAGUUUGGUUGCCUUAUUUGAAAUACUAAAAUUGUGGAGUUUUAGGAAUUUUUUUUUUAGGAAGUUCAAAUCAGUAUCGGAUUGUGCCUUCUCUAAUUCUAUAAAUAACUGUAAAAGGCUCAGUGCUCAUUAAUUGCCAUCUUCGUCUCUGGCGGUUUAACCAAAAACUUCUAUUUUGAGGUGUAGUGAUCGUUGGAAGCUUGAACCAGAGACUGA